CGAAACGCGAAAUCCUCUGGGUACAUAUAAGUCCGCAGCAGCGCAGAAUUCAACAGAGACGCAAACAACUACUCCAAGACUACUCUCGUUAACAUUGGAUUACAUUCAGAGGUGAGACAUGAUUUCGGAACCAGACAACUGCCCUCUUCAGACAACAUCAACGCCAUGGCUGAACAUGGACUUUCUGGAGAAAGUUUUGCAAUCUGGCAACAAAACUCCAACACUAACCAUAACUAAGUAUGACGUCAAGCCGGCGGUCGAUAAGGGAGACAACUACGCUAGCGACCUAUACCGUGUAAAGAUUUACACAGCGGAUCGCAAUGUCUUCAGUUUGAUCGUUAAGAGGGAACUGUGUGCCGGCGGCGAAUUCGGCCAAAUGAUGCGGAAAUCCACGGUCUUUAAAAGGGAGACGCUGAUGUACAGAACCGUAGCGUCGAAACUCGCCAGCAUUCUUCAGGAGACUAUGCCAGGGAAAUGUGCACAGCUAACAGCGAGCUACUACUACUCAUGUCCGGGAACCAUAGUGGUGCAGGACCUGUGUGCUGAAGGCUUCAAGAUGGCACAGCGUCGCCAAGGACUCGACUACUCCCACUGCUUACUCGUCAUGCACACGCUCGCCAGGUUCCACGCAGCCUCGGUUGUUCUUCACGACCGAGACCCAGAAUCUAUGUCCCUCUACAAUCAGAAUUUCUUUUCUGAACCCGCGGCACGGAAAGGCUUUCAAAACUUUGUUUCUGGAUCAUUGCGGUCCGUGGCAACGGCCGUGCAGACUUGGCCGGGCUAUGCAGAACGGUACGCGGACAAGCUGAGCGCCCUAGCGGACAGCCUGAUGGACCGCAUCAUUCAGGCAGUUUCGCGGGACAACAGCGCCUUCAACGUUCUCAUACACGGUGACCUCUGGGUCAACAACAUGCUCUUCCGGUACCGGAGCUCCGGGGACCCUGACGAAAUUCGGUUUCUUGACUUCCAAUUUCUUCAUUUCUCCAGCCCAGCCAUUGACUUGCAAUACUUCUUCAACACGAGUCCAUGCGAAGACGUGCGAGCGGAACAUUUGGAAGACCUCAUGAAGGAAUACCACAGCACUCUGUGUGACACUCUGGAUGCCCUGGGGUACUCACAUAAGCGCAUCACUCUCGAAGACCUGUGGAAGGAGUACGACAACAAAGUCCUGUACGGAGUAUUUGGAGCCUGUUGUGUACUGCCAGUUGUUUUAGCAGAAACCGGAGUAGAUCUGGACGCAGCUUUCGAAUCGCGGGGUGGACAGCAGUGUGACGCAUAUAAUGGAGACAUAUACAAGACGGCACUGCAGAGAAUGCUGCCUAUAUUUGAGGAGAAGGGCGCAUUUCGAUCUUGAAUUACUAAUGUUACCUCAUGAAAGACUGAAAUACGCCACUAUUUAGACGCAGACAACUGACCUUGCUUCAGUCCUGGAAGAGCUCAAUUCUAAAAUUGGGCAGUCAGCUCUAACGACGCACCUCAAAAUCCCAAACACGCUAUAUGUAAAUAAGUACAUCGAUGGCGGAAUGUUACGUUGAAUAUAUCACAACACAUGUCUUAAGAACCACGAAACAAAUAAAAAUACUGGUUGGUUGUAACAUCGUU